UUAUUACAAACAUCAAACAUCUGAUUGAAACAGUUUCCUUCUAGAAAUUCAGAAAUAUUUAUCAUGUUUUUUAACGUUAAAACGGCGCUUGAUAAACAAAUUAAAAUUAUUGGUAUCUUGAAAUUCUUCAAUGUGUAAGGUUAGAUGUGAAAAUAUAUAGUUAUUAUUGUCAAUCUAUACGAAACAAAAUAAUUAAAAAUGACUAAAGUCGCAAACAUAUUUUAUUAUGUCGUUUGCAUAUUUGGAGUAUUAAAUACAGUUAAUACUGAAAAUGAAGAAUUUAUGUUUGAAGAAGAGCCAUUUAAGGAUGCAAACUAUGUUAAAGAUAUGCUAUUUGCCCAUAAUUUAAAAGAAAAAGUGAUUUCAAGGUCGAAGCGCGGAGUAAUACAAAAUAUUUCGAGUUCGAGUGAACUUCCUGUAACAGUACAAAAUAUAGCGAAUUCAUCAGUACAAGUAAAUAUAACAACGGAAAGUCCGAAUACUAUCAAUGAAAGUUCCUCAAAUUCUUCAACUUCACCUGUUCCACAAGUAAAUGUGUCUUCAACGGUCGCGCCGAAUGCCUCGGAUGUCAGUCCUUCUGAUAUAGCAGCACUCCCUGGAAAGAGUUCAGCAGAAGAUGAACAUAAUAGUUCUAUGGCUAUAUUUUUUGUACUGUGUGUUCUAGCUCUUGGAAUAUUGCUUAUACAUCUCAUGUUGCAAACUGGGUUUUCAUAUUUGCCAGAGAGUGUUGUCAUAGUAUUCUUAGGUGCUCUCAUUGGUAUGCUUAUCAAUUUAAUGUCUAUUAGAAACAUAGCCAAUUGGAGAAAAGAAGAAGCAUUCUCACCCACUGCUUUUUUCUUAGUUCUCUUACCACCAAUCAUUUUUGAAUCUGGUUACAAUCUACAUAAGGGAAAUUUCUUUCAAAAUAUUGGAUCAAUAUUGCUGUUUGCAAUUGUUGGUACUGCAAUAUCUGCAUUUGUUAUUGGGGCUGGAAUUUAUUUAUUGGGAUUGGCCCAAGUUGUUUAUAAGCUGAGUUUUGUAGAAUCAUUUGCAUUUGGUUCUUUAAUAUCAGCUGUUGACCCUGUUGCUACAGUUGCAAUCUUUCAUGCUUUAGAUGUUGAUCCAGUAUUAAAUAUGUUAGUAUUUGGAGAGAGUAUAUUAAAUGAUGCUGUUGCCAUCGUCCUCACUACAGCUGUGCUAGGUUCUAAUGAUCCAGUCAUGUCUACAAUGGAUGCUAUCUUAUCUGCAAUAAACCGUUUCUGGCUCAUGUUUUUUGCAUCCGCUGGUAUUGGGGUUGUCUUUGCACUUAUUAGUGCUCUUUUGUUGAAACAUGUAGAUUUGCGUAAAAAUCCAUCCCUCGAAUUUGGAAUGAUGCUUGUGUUUACAUAUGCACCUUAUGUGCUUGCUGAAGGAAUUCAUUUAUCUGGAAUUAUGGCGAUAUUGUUUUGUGGUAUUGUUAUGUCCCACUACACCCAUUUCAAUCUGUCUACAGUUACACAGGUUACUAUGCAGCAAACUAUGAGAACUCUUGCUUUCAUAGCAGAAACAUGUGUGUUUGCUUAUCUCGGAUUAGCUAUAUUUAGUUUCCGUCAUAGAGUGGAACCAGCCCUUGUUGUUUGGAGUAUAGUGCUUUGUCUACUAGGAAGAGCUGCAAAUAUAUUUCCACUUGCAUUACUUUGUAAUAAAUUCAGAGAACAUAAGAUAACCAAGAAAAUGAUGUUUAUAAUGUGGUUUAGUGGUUUGCGUGGUGCAAUUUCUUAUGCACUAUCUCUUCAUCUUAACUUCUCUGACGAAACUCGACACGUAAUUAUAACCACAACGCUUAUAAUCGUGCUGUUUACUACAUUGUUCUUUGGAGGUUCUACUAUGCCAUUACUGAAAUUUCUACGGGCUAACAAGAAAACGAAGCGAUCACGACCAUUGCGUAAGCAGAAGGAAGUCAGUUUAUCUAAAACAAAAGAAUGGGGACAAACAAUAGAUUCUGAGCAUCUAUCGGAAAUUACUGAAGAAGAAUUGGAGGUGAACUACUCUCAUGCUACUAGAUUGAAAGGAUUUGUGCGGUUUGAUAUAAAAUAUCUAAUACCAUUCUUUACCAGACGAUUUACACAUCAGGAAUUGAAAGAUUGUAAGAGUCAGAUGACAGACCUUACCAACCAAUGGUACCAAGCAAUAAGGAUAUCCAAUGAUCACGAUACAGAUGAAGAAGAAAGUAUACAACAAAGUUCCUUGUCAAACUCCCGCUCCAGUUUACAAAGAGGUGUAUGAGCUAGUGAAAUGUAUUCAUUUGGUAUUCCAACAGUAUUUAAUUAUUUAGCAUAUUUUUAUUUAAUAUUUUACUCUAUACAAUUAUACAUCUUAAAUGUGGAUGAAUAUGUACCUUUGAAAUUGAGCAUAAGUAUUAUUGCCU